AUGUCCGACCCACUGCCCCAGUCCCCACCAUCCUCCUUCCCACCACCACCACCGCCUCCCACCCUCCUAACGUCCGACUCCCACCGCCGCCACCUCGAACGCCUCGCCAACGCCCUACACCAGCACCCACCCUCCGCCUCCGUUCAAGCCGCAGCCGCAGCAGCCGCUCUCGCCGCAGCUGGCGCCCUGUCCACCACCCCUCUGGUGGUCCCCAAAGGACAACUCCCUCCCGACCAGCUGCACAUCCACCCCGAGGAGACAAUCACGCAUGGGAUAGGGCAUGAGACGGAGCUGCUGGGCGGGAUGAGGUUGGAUGUCGUGAGUGAUGCUGCAGACGCAGGGAACGAAGAAGGGGCAGAAGCCGACGAUGAGGACGAGGCCGUACUGAACCUCGACAUGCCCCCACCCCCCGACGACACCUACCCAACCCUCGACGCCGCGCAACGCGCCAUCGAGACCUUUGCCGUGACCAACGGGUACUCUAUCGUGCGGCGGCGAUCGAAGCGCGGAAUGAAGGGCAAGGGACCCAUUUGUAAAGUGUGGUUGGCCUGCACGCAUGGCGGGGUCCCACGACGUAGCGGUGGGGAAGGGGAGAGGAAACGGCGGAAGAUGAGUAGAAGGGUGGGGUGUCCAUGGGCGUGUGUGAUUACGCGGACGCAGACCAAUCCAUCAAAUUACGCUUCUCAAGGCCAGAAUGGAAACAGCCACACGACGAAUGAUACUACCAACAUCGAGAAACAAUGGAAGUGGGAAACGCACUGCACGGAUCCACGGCACAAUCACUCGCCCGACGACCCGCUCGCUACCCCUGAAUCGAGACAGGCGACGAUGACAUCUGAGGCGAGAGCGAGCAUGCAGGCCAUGCGCGCCGCGGGCGUGGUGCCAAAGAAGAUCAUCGAGAUUGUGCAGCAGCAGCAUCCGGGGGUGCAGAUUACGCCGAGGGAUGUGUACAAUAUACGGGUGAAGGGGGGGAAGGUGGUGGGGCCGGCGGGGUCGAAGGCAAAGGAGAAGGAGGGAAGGGUGGGGAAGGCGAGGAAGACCGUUGCGGUACCUCGAUCUUCUACUGUUGGGGAACGUGCUGCGCCGACCGAUGACCCACGGCAAGAACAGCCGGAUAUACCGUUCUCAACGCAUCGACCACCAGCCAUUGACCCCUCCCAACUCUGCACCACCGCCGCGCACAUCUCCGCUGGACGCCAUCAGGACGAAACAUCAUCGACGACGGCUGGAGGAAAAGUCGAGAUCAACGCAGCGUGAAGAUCUUGUGAGCUCGUACGCGAUUUCCAAACCGCCUGUAGGGGCACCGUCCAGGACUUAGGAAUAUACCCCAUGACCCUUCGCUGCUGCACCGGUCUUGAUACACACGUUCCUCCUAUACCUAUACCCACGGAGCCUUGCUAGCUUUGGAGAAGCUGAAAUACGGGGAUGCACCGUUGUGAGAGCCAAUGGGCCAGUGGGGUAUGCACGAGUUCGCCAGCAAGUCCACAUCCCGGUCUUCCCGAUCUGCUUCCCGCUGCAGAUGAUGUCUCCUUGUUCGCGCGUACACACAGUACAACACGUCACUCGCGC